AUUUAUUUUACAGCCCUCCGCCCUGGACAUCAGUCAGCACAGAACAUUAUGUCAGUCUUUCAAGGACUUUCGGUAAUCGGUGAAUAUACAUCUUAUAAUUUAAUUUUCACGGAUGUAGUACCUACCUAAUAGCAUUAUUAUUCAUGCAUUUUAUUUCAUUUUUAUAAAAUGAACAGAAAAAGAAAUGUUAGUUAUAUUAAGCCUGAAGACCCACAUUUUUUGAAAAUUCUGAAGAAGGAAGCUGGUUACGACAAUUCUAAUCAUAAAUUCGACAAACUUCAUAAUGCUGAGGACGAUUUCGUAGAUGAUGAAGAUAGUGAAUUACCACAAGUAGUUGUACUUAAGAAAGGUGACCUGACUGCUGAAGAAGCGGAAGCAGAGAAAGAAAGAAUAAAACAAGUGGAAUUAGAAACUAAGGCAGACCUUUCCCAGAAAGUUAUUUUUAAAGCCAAAACUUCUAGUAAACACAAUGUGGAUCAAAAAAAGGUAUUAUCUAACAAAAGGCAAUAUAAAGAUAAAAACAAACAACUUUUAUCUUUUACUGACGAGGCUGCUUCUGAUAGUGAUACUUAGGAGACAGGUUGUAACACUCGGUAGGUAAUACUAAUUGACCAUCAUUGAAUCGCCAGUAAAGUGCAAUUUACACUCAUUGAUGUACCUACUACAAAAUGCAGACUAUAGAGUUGGUAAUUUAAUCCAAUUACUAUGCAAUAACAGCUUAAAUUAUUUUUGUUAAAUUUAUAGAGUAGGUACAUGACAUUAUUUCUGUUAUAUCUAUGUUUCUGUUACAUUCAGUGCUUCAAAAAUCAGAGUCGGUUGUACUGGGCUAAGAUUUAUUCAUUUUCCCUUGGAAGGGCAUAGACAGCACCAUCUAUGACACUGGAACUGACCCUGGAAAGUUCCUCAUUGUUUUUAUCUAUUUAUUAUAUUACAUAGCUAAAUUUACAUUUGUAAAUAGGGCUCAUUUUUCAGUUGUUUGUUAAGAAGAACUAAGAAAUAUAUUUAGAAAGAAAUAAAAACUGUUUAUUUAUUUAUUCAGCAGAUUCCUUCAACCCCAUACUUGGAAACUGGAAAGGCCAAGUUCUUUAGGAGAGAUAGUUAUUAGACUGCCUUUCUUGAUAAGGUUUCAAACAAACUGUAGUAACAUAAUAUUUUAACAAACAUUCCAACCAACCAACAAAUUCAUUAAGUUAAAAGGAUUCAAUCAUCAAAACAAUCAUAAAAAAUUAUAGAAGUUGUUUCUCACUAACUAUAUUUUAUUCUACAAUGGUAUGUUAU